AUGGUUCGACCUACGAUCUUAACGAUGUUGGUCUCAAUACACUACAAAUGUCGUGGAGGUCUCUACCCUCGUUCUAACAUUGAAAGGUUUACUGUGCCUGAUGAAAAAGUUAGUUGGUCUACGGAAUUUAUAGAAUAUAAGCCUGUAAAUUAUACUUCACCUCACAUAAAUGGAAAGCCUUAUGCAGACCCCGAUAUAGGAGACCCAAACUUCAAACCUAAUUUUAACCAAAUUGAUGGUAAAAUAAGCAGAAUCAGUUACACGGGCAAAUAUAAUGUAGAAAAUGGAUAUCCUCUCAACCCUGUUGGAAGAACUGGAAUAACUGGAAGAGGUGUUCUUGGUAGAUGGGGACCAAAUCAUGCUGCUGAUCCUAUUGUUACUACCUGGAAAAGAUUUGACAAUGGUGAAGUUGCACUUGAUGAAAAUAACAAGCCUAUUCUGCAGUUCGUAGCAAUAAAGCGUUCUGAUACAGGGGAAUGGGCACUACCAGGUGGAAUGGUUGACCCUGGUGAAAAGGUGGCAACAACAGCUGUUAGAGAAUUCAGAGAAGAAGCGACUAACUCUGACACUAUGAGUGAAGCUGAAAAGAAGACUUGGCUCGUCAAAUUCGAUAAAUUCUUCAGUGGUGGCGAUGUUGUGUAUGAAGGGUAUAUCGAUGAUCAUCGCAACACUGAUAAUGCUUGGAUGGAAAGUGCUGCAUACAACUUUCAUGACAAUAACGGUACUGUUGUUGGUGGAAUGAAGCUACAUGCAGGGAGUGACGCUGCUGGGGUACGCUGGGUUGACAUCACAUCUGACUUCGAAUUAUAUGCUUGCCACAAAAAAAUUGUUUUGGAAGUAUAUAACAAAUUGUUAUUGCAGUAUUCAGAAUCGAGUUAA